AUGUCUGACGAGGACGCUGUCACAGGACAUGGGAUCUACCUGUCUGCGAAUUUUGAAAUAGAAGAAAAGAUUUCUUCGGAUCAGACUAAAGAUGCCGCGUAUAGAACAUACAUCUUAUCUAUUCCGUGCACCGGAGCGAAUCGUGCAAGAAGUUUCUCAUAUGAGAUUCGAGCAACAGGAUUUAGCGGAAAAGGGUUUAAACUACUUGCCAAAAAUAUCUAUAACCUCCGUGGUGGAUUUUUCCCUCGGAACCGAUUAGACACUAGCAAUGAUCAAUUGUUUUUUGAAGCUUUGGAUCGAGGCAUUAUUACUCAUAACGAAGGUUUUGUUCACAAUUUGUCUGAUACUGUCGGUAUAACUGGCUUGGGUCGCGUGUCAAAAACCGAGACCAUCCUUGAGGAAACAAUUCAACACUUGAUCCCCAAGAAUCCUGGCUUGGAUAAGCUGACCACCGUAGUGACCGUCGAGCACUCGGAUUACCACCCAGAGAAGAGAGCUCAAGUGUGCCGGGUUGAGUACCGCAUUCGACCAUUUCCACACUUGGCGGGUAGUCAUAAGACUAUGAGAGUGGGUCGCGAGUGCCUUUUUCAUGGCUAUAUAAAGGAUUUCAACGAAGUGACCGAGUGCUACAUUGCCAUCGUGAACAAGGUUUCAGCUACUUGCGGGAAUGCCGAGCCACACGAAAUGGGUAACGGGAGCGGAAUGAAGAAGAGCAUCGAAGGAGGUUCUUCUUCCCAAGUAAAUCCUAAUAAACCAGUAAAAUUCAAUCCGAGAGCGGUUAAUUCACCAUUCAAGUCUCCUUUGAUCACGUCUGACUCAAAGUCGAGCUUACCAUUUGGUCCUUCUGAGUUCACAGAAACUUCGUUCUCGUCAGCCUCAAGCAGAUCUCAAGCGUCUUCGGCUCAAAAGGUAUUUGGUGAACCAGAGGUUGAGGAAACUGGAGAGGAGCCGGUACGGCCAAAAGCCACCAAAGGGUGUGCCCCCCCAAAAUCUAACAAGUCAACUGCGCCUCCUCCAAGUAAACGUCCACGUGCUCCACGUGCCAUUCGUGCCAAGGCUGGAAGAUCCAGUGGCAGUGGGGCUGUAGUUGACAUCGCUUCGGACGACUAA